AUGAGUCACGUUCAUAACAGAUGCCGUGCACCUUCCAAACGCCGCGCCCUUCUCUCAGCCCCUGUCACCCCUGUAUCGUGCGCGGAGUGGGCACGGUUAGCAGAUGGCUUGUCUUUCCGCGAACUUCUUUCAACGGCCCCGUUGCGUGCACCACCCCUCCGGAACCUGGACCAGAACGCGCUGUCGGUGCUGCCGGCGCGGGCGCUGGCGGGGCUGGGCCGCCUGGAGGUGCUGUCGCUGGCCGCCAACCGCCUGACGGCGCCGCCGGCCGACGCGCUGCGCCCACUGCACGCCCUGCGCGAGCUGUGA